CCUCCUUUGUUUACACCUACAUGCCGGUCAAGUCCAGGCAGCAGAGCAGCAGACUUCACUCUGUCCUCGUCGGGGAGACACGAUGUUGGUUUCCGUGCUCGUCCUCGUUUCGCUGGUCGCAUCGUGUCGCGCCUCUGUCGCGCCGGCUCUUCCCGUCCGGCUCGGGCCGCCCGCGCUCGGGUUCAGCUCCUCGGUCCGCUCGGUGUGCAAACCCAUCCCGAGCACCCUGUCUCUGUGCCACGGGAUCGGCUACAGGCACAUGCGGAUCCCCAACUUGCUCGGCCAUGACACGCUGCGGGAGGCGCAGCAGCAGUCGGCGGCCUGGCUGCCCCUCGUCUCCAAGCUGUGCCACCGGGACACCAAGAAGUUCCUGUGCUCGCUCUUCGCUCCGGUGUGCCUGCCGGAGCUCGGCGGGCCGGUCAGCCCCUGCAGGAGCCUGUGCGAGGUCGUGCGGGACGGCUGCGUGCCCGUGAUGAACGCGUUCGGGUUCCCGUGGCCGGAGAUGUUCAACUGUACCCGGUUCCCGCGUAGGACCCAGCUGUGCAUCCCGGCAACCGGAGAGCAGGAGGGGGGGACUCCGGAGGAGGUCAAGCACGAGGAGGCGAUGAAAGGGAGCGUCAUCUGCGAUGCCUGCAGUCUGGCUGCUGAAGGAGAAACCGACAUCCAGGAAAACUUCUGCCACAGUCCUUACGCCUUUAAGAUGCGUCUGGGCAGUGCGUCGGCGGUGGGAGGGGACCGUCAGCUGGUGCCUACGGCCCGCAGCCGCAUCCUGAGGUGGGCAGGGGGAGGUGCGGAGAGAGCAGAGGGGGUCGGAGGCGCAAUGGCCCACAGCGCUCUGUGGCUGCAAGACGGAGGCACCUGCGCUUGUCCCGGCUUGGACUCUGCAACGACAAACAAAGACAGGGGCCUAGAGGAGGGACAGAUGGACGUGAGACCAGCACAAGAAGAAGGAAAAGAGGUGAAAGGGUUCCAGGGCGGAUGGUUUCUGGCCCUGGCUCAGGCUGAAGAGGGGAGGCUGCAGCUGACUCGGCUGGUGAGGUGGACCAGAGGGGACAAAGAGCUGAAGAGGUUCAUCAGAGCUCUCCUCAAACAGCCCUGUCCAGAGCUGUAGACGGAGGGGUCAUCGACCACCGCAGUGCUGCCCCAUGAGGCUGUUUUUCGGUUGUAUGCAGAGUGUAGCUAUGUGCUUCUGAUUGCUACAUCGUUUAAUAAUGAACAGUUGACAAAUAGUUCCCAACUUACAGUGAAUACUUCACUCGAUUGCUGAUUGUUAGAUUCAUGCAAAUGACCCAGAUGUGUUGGAUGUUAUCUGAUUAUCUUAAAACUCGCCACUUUCUUGAUGAACUGUUCCUGAUUGGCUCUGAAAAGCAUCCGCCAUGACUGAUAAUAAGGAAGUGUCACCAAAUAGUGCAAAUGCUGAUAUGCUUCCAAGAAAGAGCAAUAUUAGUAUUUUUUUUGUAAAUAGGAGAGAGAAAAUACACCCCUUAAAUCAAAGUCAAAGUGUUUGGUAUUGAUUGCAAGGUUUGUACUGAUCUCACCCCAAGUUAUCACAUUUGAUUUGAAGCAGUUUAUUGUUACUCGUAAAUGAUAAAAAUGUUUUCUUAUACUACCUACCGUUUUGUAUUCAUGAAGCAUACACACAUUUAUAUUGCCUCAUUGUGUUUUUACAGCAGCUUCAGUCGUUUUAUGAGUCAUCACACUUCAGGUAUAAAACAUGAAAUGUGAUGUCACUCAACAUAAAACGGUCACACCAUAAAAGAAAUGUGAGGUGAAUAAGAAAGAACUUUUUUGCAUUUUGUUACAUUUCUUUGUUCCAAACAUUACUACUGGAGUAUUUUUCAUUUUUGGUUUAUAUU